AUUUGUUAAACCAUCUCAUUUACUCCAUACUUCUUGUUGUUGAGCUCUCUAAUUCCAUUUUCUGAAAAAAGAGUCUUAAAGGGUGUCAAAAUCUUUGGAUUUUUUCUUAAAAGAUUUGAACUUUAUAGUGUUAUUGUAACUUUACUCUACUUCUUUUUUAUGUUUGCCAGAAAAAGAAAGUUACCAACCUCAUUUUCUUCCAUACUUGUCUUUUCUGGUUCUCUAAACUUCAUUUUCUUGAAAAAGGGUCUUAAAGGGUAUCCAAAUCUUGAAUUUUCUUAAACCUUUUUGUGAUCUUUGCCUGGAAAACCCAAUUUUAGGCACCUAAAAGGUAGUUGAAUUGUUACUUUUUUUGUCCUUUUACUGGUUGGUAUUUGACCCUUUGGUGUACAUUUUCAAGUAACCCUUUUAAAACCAAUUUAUAUAUUACAAAGUUGUGAAAAAAAAAAGGUUAGAAUAUGGUGAGUAAGGUGACUUCUCCUAGGAAAUCAAUACACAUUGUGUUGGAAAGAGUUGGUGUUUAUGGAUUUGUUGGAGGUAGUAGCCAAAAGAGAUUAAAAAGCUUGUCAUUAUGGCACAUAUGUAGACCUAUAAGAAACAUUAAAGAACUUAGGCAGUACAAUUAUGGAGGAAAUUUGUGUGUAUAUGUAGCAGUGGGUGUAUAUAUAUAUAUAUGUAUGUGCUGUGUUCUUCAUUUUUUUCCUCUCUUUUUGCUCUCCUCUCCGUUUACUGUAUGGUGUUUGUAUUGUUUGUGUAUAUGCAUGAUGGGUCCGUCUGUGAGUGUUGGUUUCGGUGAACUGAAGAUGGGAAAGGGAAAAUUCCUUUUGGUCAUAGCUUCAGUUUUGGUCACUAUUUUUGACAGCAGAAGUAGUUAAAGUAUCUCUUUCUUAAUUUUCCUUUUUCUAAUGGAAACUUUUUUUCUUUUCAAUGAAAGAAUCACAAGGAAUACCAAAAAGGUCAAAAUGAAGAAAACAAAAAUGUUAAAUUUACCUUGGGGGGGAAUGUAUUGUGGUUCCAUUUGAUUUCCUGGAUCCAAUAGAUGAAGCACAAGGCGUUCUCGCAGGCAUUUGUGGUAUUUUAGCAACUGACUGUUUCAUAUUUUCAAUUAGCUUAGAUAAAUGGCCGGAUAUGCCUGAAUCAUAUUUCAACAACUGCUUUGAUAACAUUAUAAAAGUGUAAGCUCUAUAAUUCUACAACCAUAUCUUUCUUUUAUAUCUUUCAAAUUUAUAUUUGCAUGUAAAAGAUAAACUACCCAAUUUUUAUUUUCAAAGCCCCACUUUCAUUUUAUGCCAACUGAGGAUGUUGGACGAUUAUAUGCUUGUCACUCUAUUGAAAACAAAUGGGCUGGAAAUAGGCAAGCCUUGUGGAAUGAGUUCAAAGACCCACUUAAGACCAAAGAUGAGAUCAGGGAUAAUGUUCCAGAAGGUAUAGCUCAGGAUCAGCGGGCUUCUUUUGUGAACUACGGUUUGAGAGACGAUACUCAGUUUGCUCAGACGGGGAGAAGGCAUGGACGAGCACAACUCUCUCUUGCUACACACAAGAAACAAGAUGGAUCAUAUGUAAAUGAGGAGGCAAAAGAAAUAUGUGAAAAAAUUCAGCUAGCAAUGAGUCAAAGUACCGUUGAUGAGUCUGACAUUUCUCCUAAUGAUGUUGUGGGUAAGGUGCUAGGAAAAGAGCAUUCUGGGAGGGUAAGAUGUUUGGGAUUAGGAGCUACUCCAAGCACUCAUUUUAAACAAACAAAACCUCGUGUUGGUGGUUUUAGAAUUCCAAGUAACGAUGCUGGAUGUUCUUCUUUCGGAUGCCAAGACAAGUACGAUAAAUUGUUGAAUACCCUCAAAGCCUACAUGAUAAUGAAGGAAAGGUCAAUACCGGAACAGUUUGUUGGGAUCUUUGGUUCUCCUCCUACAAUGGUAAAACAAUUUGCUUAUUUUAAUUUUCUGCUUUAUUUACUGGGCUCUUCACUUCCCUAAAAUUUGCUUGAUUGUACUUUAUCUAAUAGCUUAAUCUAAUUACUUAAUAGAGCUUAUUUGCACUAGCACUCAAUCGCUCAAUUUUUGGCAUCUCAGAAGUCAUAAACCUCUACAAUGAUUCUACUUUCAUGUUCUUCAGUCUACAUCAUUACGUAAUAUGGGUCAUUUUUAUGUUAAAAAGUAUAAGACAAGUAGAUCUACCAUGAUAUUUCUCUGGAAGUAAGACUUGCCAUUAGUCAGGCUAGGUUGAGAAUUCUUGCCUGUAUUGAGCUUCAGACAAAUGGUAGGGGUGGAAUCUGUGAAGUAAUGUAAUAAGUUUGAGUCAUAAUGCAUCUCACACGUGAAAAUGGAAAGAUAUUUUAGGACUAAUUUUACCAGUUUAGAUCAUUGAAGGAAACUGAUGAUGCCAUUGCACAUAAUUUAGAAACUGGAUACUAAUGAGUUAUCACUUACACAAAUUGUGGUUAAGAUGUGAUCUUUUCCCCUUAUAUAUCCAGUGAGGAUUCAUGCUCGAAACUCUAUACUUUUUAAUUUUUAGUCAAUCACAUCUGCAGACCUUGUAUGCAUGUAGGUCGGUCACUAAGUUUUUGUACCUUUGCUCGAGUAUAGUUUGAAAUUUUCCAGCUAUGUCACAUGUUAAAUUUUAGAGAGCCACAUGAUAAUUCUCUUGAUGUCUUUUGUCAACUAU